AUGAGCAACACGUUGUCUGAUUCGAGUGUUCUCAAUGAACAUAUUAUGGAAGUAUAUGCUGCAAAUCGUGAGAAUCCAAUAUCAAUUCAACGAAAAAAUCACAUUUUUGAUGAAAUUCGAGUAGAUGUUUAUCUUGCGCUGAAAGAAUUCGUGAGUUUUAAUUUCGAAUUAAUAUCAAUCAAACUUAUUUAUUUUCAGCUUCCUCCUAUCGGUCUAAAAAUUUCAAGAAUCGUUCCAUUUGGCAGUGUUGCUUGCAAUAUUUCAAGAACGGAAAGUGAUCUGGAUGUUGUGAUUUGUAUAGAAUCAACGGGUUUUGGAUGUGAAGAUAAUUGGACAAGGUAAUAUUUUGCAUUUUCAAGGUAUUUGCGAAUAUUAAUAAUAAUUUUCAGAUCUCUAAAAAACCAAAUUUUGGAGCAUUUAUUCAAAAAUCUGGAAGACUAUGAAAAUCUGGGGCAUAUUUGGACAGCAAAAGUUCCAAUUCUGUGUGGCUCGAAGAAGAAUAUCAAAUUGGACUUGUCAAUUCAUUUGGGAGUUGAUGUGCCAUCCUGUCAUAUUUCUUCAAGAUUCCUCAAUACAGUCACACAAUUCUACCCCGAUUUUCCAAUCCUGAUAAUCUUCAUCAAAACCAUCUUCAAAAAUCGAAUAAACGAAGUGACGAAGAAAAAAGAAUUCGAUUAUCCCAAUUCAUAUACAUUGGCACUGAUGGUUAUUCAUUUUUUAGUGAAUCAAUCUUAUAUUCCGAAUCUUCAUAUUCAAUAUGCCGAUCGUUUUGAUAUAUCGAAAGCUACUUGGGCCUACGAAAUGGUGGACAAAUCUGGUAAUUUUUUAAACUCAAAUUUGAUUAUUGAACAAAAAAAACUAUUCCCAGAAUCUCAAGAAUGGAGAGAAAAAUUGAGAGAAACACCGGCUGAUGUGUUCUAUAAAUUUCUUCAAUACUAUAUUAAUAAUCCCGUUACGCAUUACAUAAUUGUUAUGAAACGUAAAGAUUUAGUCUUCAAAGAGCGAUAUGAUCCAGAAGGUUUGAUUAUCGAAGAUCCAUUUGAUGACUACAAUCCUGGAAGAUCUUUAAUAUGCUCAAAAAUUUUUCAAGAUUGUUUAUGGUGAGCAAAUCUGAAUUUAUGUAGAUGUAUUUUUAAAAUUUACCAUUUUCAGGAAUCUCCUAUCAAACAUCAGAAACCAUCAUUUGGACCCGAAGAAAUUGCGAGAAACGAUUUCAGAAGAACAAUUGCGGGGAUAUGUUUCUACGAAAAAAUCAUUGUGA